GCAUUGCAAUACUACAUUGCGAUACUAUUCACGAUUUUCAAUCAACAAAAUUCACAUACGUAUUUUCUCAUAAUAUGGACCGUUCACUCCAAUAAAACAUGCCAGCUCUCAAGUUAGUCCCGUCAAACCCCUGGAGACAACGACAUGCUAAUUUCAUACUCUUUCAGCACUCGAAUUGAAAACCCGGCGCCUCUUGACUAUUCUACUCCGCCAUUCCCAUCACUUUAUUGGCCUCUCCAUGCAAACCCUGGCAUUCCAAAUUAUUUAUACUAUGCUCGUGACAUAUGGCGAUUUACUCUUCUAUGGACGCUCAUUGUGUACGGAGUUACGCACAUGGCAGUAGCAAUUUAUGCUACUGCCAUGCAAUUAGGAAAGGGGAAAAAUGCCUGGCAAUAUGUUUGGGUUAUACCACUGAUAUACGCUUUAGUAGCCGGCAUCGAAGCAUUGUUGGCAGGGAGCUUGGUUGGCCUGAUGUGGGUAUCCUUGCCGUGUUAUCGUAGGCCCUCUUCGUUUGCUAAGUGUGUUUGCUCCUAGACUCGGUGCUAUUUACAAUGCAGGAUACUUUCAGAUGUCAACAUGGAUUCCGUUUAUAUGGUCAUUGAUCAACGUCUUGGUUUUGAUAUUAUCUUCGUUCUCAAUACAAGGUGGUCUAUGAGCUAUCACUUGCUGCUGAUGCAUUUAUCAUCUGGAUUGUAAAGUAAGAAUGAUUUGGACUGGCAUCCAUCUCUGAGCUUUCAGGACUUCGAAUUUGGAUCUGGUCCUUUUGGCUCUAUUUUUCUGAUUAGCCUUGCUGGAUUACCAGCUGCAACGUGGAAAUCGGGAACAUCUUUUGUCACGACGCUUCCAGCACCAAUGGUACAACCUCGACCGAUGGUUACUCCUGGGCACACUGUGACGCUACCCCCAAACCACUGGGAAAGUGUUAGCGUCCAUGAUACAUAUCAAGCGAUUAGAAGAUAGGGGAUAAUUGAUAAAAGAUGCGGAUAUCCAGUCAAAUAUUGUCACAAUACGUACACAGUCUUCGCCAAUGGUUAUGGGCGCGCCAAGCUCUGGGCCAUUGGUACCAUCACGA